AAAUACCUCGAACUCUUGGACAAGAACCCGCUGGCGACGCGCAUGGCCACGGGGUUUGUGAUUGGUCUCUUUGGUGAUAUCAUCUCUCAGAUUACAGCCGGGAUUCAAUUCUCAGAGCUCGACAUCAAGAGGCUUCUUGUUUUCUCGAGCUGGGGUGGUUUUGGGUUCACUCCAAUUGCGUACAAGUGGUAUAACAUCAUCGAAGCCACGAUCCCUGCUACCAUUGCGAUGCGAGGUGUCUGGAAGAUGGCGAUGGAUCAGAUUCUCUUCCCUCCUGUCAUCACGGCCUUCACUUUCUUCAUGUUGACCAUGAUCGAAGGAGUUCUGUCUGGUUUCAGUCUCACCCUCAACAAGGGGUUGCAGCAAACUGCAGUCGUCCAGCAAUCUCUGUCUCAGCUCGUCGACAAGGCAGUUGCAAAAGUGAAGCAUGAUCUUGUCCCGACAUUGAUCACAAACUACAAAGUGUGGCCGGCUGUUCAAAUCCUCAACUUCUCGAUUGUUCCUGUCAAGUUGCAGGUUCUCUUCGUCAACUGUGUGGCAGUCUGGUGGAACUUCGUUCUUUCGAUGACUCAGCACUCCUAAAAGUUCACAGCGUGAACCCUGAUAUUUAGAUACAUGGGCUAGAUUGCAUAAGGCUGAAUGUACAACAAAAUCUUUGCGCUUGAACG